AUGGGUAGGGCCAAGACGCAAGUCGCUCAUGGAGAUCUCCUGGCUCUGCAGCAAAUGCUGGGACUGCGGCCAGCAAAUCUGAUGCCAGCUUCUCUGCAGAAUGCUGUGAUCAUAUGUGUCGAUUGCGAGGCCUUCGAGUUUGAUCAGAAUAAGACGGUGACUGAGGCUUCGAAAGACGCCUUGUUCUCCAACAUCGUUUCCUCACAUUAUCGCAUUGCGGAAUAUGGUCAUCUCCAAAAUAAGCGCUACUCGAAAGGCAACCCGGACGCGUUUGCUUUUGGAACUAGUACAUGGGUCGGUCUUGCGAAAAUCACCCGUUCUCUGUAUCAUGUCUUCGAGCAUGCGGCCAAACUUCCUGCACCUCUUACUGGGCUACGGAAAGUUGUUCUCGUCGGCCAUGCGAUCAAGAACGACCUGAACUAUUUACGAAAGCUGAACUUUGAUGUUAAUGACAUCGCACACGUCGUCUUGAAACUGGACACGCAGACCAUUGCUGUUCCUAGGAAGAGGCAGAUGGGCCUGGCCAACCUGCUUGAGGCGUUGCAAAUUGUGCCGGGCCACAAUCUACACAACGCCGGCAACGAUGCUGCGUACACCUUGCGAGCCUUGCUGGCUAUUACAAGUCUGCAGCGCAUCUCGGGGUCGGAACGCGCACCUGUCAUCGACUACACAUUUAGGGAGGACUGA